AUGACGGCCCCGACACCGGGAGGUUCGGUGCUGAUCGCCAUUUCACCGGUGGAAGACAGCCUCGACGUUCAAAUGCUGCAUGAAGCCCUCGUUCCGCUGGGCGGCGCUGUUGUGACCGAUCCUGAGAUAGAUCUGCAGCCUAACCUCCUCAGACGUGAAGUUCUUGCCAAGAUUCCAGCAGGCAGCAAUCCCGCUGUGUUAUCGGAAUACUCCGUUCGGAAGAUCGAUGUCUCAUGCAAGAACACGAGAGUUACGGCUACAUCUGCUUCGGCAGAAGACCAUGAUUCAAAUGCCUCAAUUAGAGGUGGCGUGCACAGUAGCGUGUCGGCGGUGGAAUCACCGGGUUCUGAGGGUUUGAUACAUGACAAUGACGUCAAGGCAACUUUAUCUGAGAAUGGCCACAUCGAAAGCCACAUUGCGCCCAUCGAAAUGACGCAUUCUCCACCAAAACUCACUGCAGCUGAUGGCCAGAUGUCUUAUGUCGAACCAGUCAAACCUGAGCCCGCAGCUGACGUCGCCACGAGUCCAACGACUAAAGCAGAACCAUCGAACAAUGAAGGAGCCAAUGUCGCCUGUGAAUGGAUUCCAGCAUUGAAACGUGAGCUGGAACGCGUCAAGCGUCUAAAGCCACUCCCCGGGGAUACGACGGUUAAGCACUGUUCACCUCAAGAUUUGAUUUGCUUCGUUUUGUACGCAGCUUUGUUGGCAGCUCUGUAUCCCUUGUUUUUCUAG